AUGGACAAGUUCAAGAAGACCGACGCGCUGAAAAGGCCCCGGGAUAUUAACUAUGACAUUCGCGGUAAGCAAGAUUGGGCUGAUGUGUACGACGUGCUCGAGUCAGCACGCAAUAAAUACAGAGAAAAGGGAGGCACGGUUGGAUGGCUUCGCAGCGUCAGACGAAAAGUUGCCGACAACAUAACUCCUGGUAUUGGUGUCACCAAGAUCGCAUCCAAAGUAGCUUCCAACGAACCUACCGCGACACCUGUCUUGGGAGCAGUGGAGAUCUUGCUAGAUGCUAUUCAAACGGCAAGUCGCUUUCGUGAGAAGGUUCUCACGGGUUUUGAUGGCCUCAUCGAUGUAUUUUCCGACGUUGAGCUAUUUUUGGGAACAUUUCCUCAAGAUGAGGGCAUUCGCAACGCAUCUCUGGAUCUGACUGUUGCCGUGCUGUGUGCUAUUGAGCAAGCUAUCAGAUUCUUCCUAAGGAAUGAAUUUUUGAAAGGCGGAAGGGCGAUCUUGUCUGGCAGUGAUUAUGAAAAAGACCUGUCAGAAAGUCUUGACGACAUCAGCAGCAAAAGCAGAGGCCUCCUGCAGGAAGCUACGAAAUCACAUAUUCAUGAGUUUCAUUUAUAUUCACAAGAAACACAAAAUAUGCGCAGACAGCUAUCAGAUGUUGUUACAGCCGUCAAUUCAAUGCAUGAUUUAUUGUCCGAGCAUGUAAAACAAAAACAGGAGUUAGAGAUGUGCCAACAAGAGGUUCUUCGCUUGCAUGUAGAGAAUGUGUAUUUCCGCACGAACUCUCCUCGGCCCCAGAUUCAUUCUACAGAGUCACUUUCGCCACUGCCUGCCAUAGAAUGGAACAUGAGCCAAGACCAGCUCAGGUCCUUGCUUGACCAUGCGGAUCUGGAUCUGGAUGAUAUGGCAUUCGUGGCAGGCAGAAAGCAUCAACUACCAGAAAGAGAGAUCGUCCGAACUGAACAGAUAAUUGAGACAAAGCUGUUUCAAGAAUGGAUAAUUUCUGCAUUCUCAUCUAAGCUUUUAGUUCAAUGGGAUACUUGUCCCCCAGAGUCGGUUGCGGGUAUAUCGUCUUUGUCCGUCUUCUCUCUAACAAUGACGGAGAUUUUGCGCUGUAGAGAUCGGUUUAUCUCUGGUUUGUGGAUUUGCGGAUUACAUACGGAUGACAGCGAAACAGGGGCGCGGAUUGGUGGCCGUGCCAUGCUUACAAGCUUGAUUGACCAGCUGUUGCGGCAGUUCGCCUUCGACAUGCGGCGCUUACAGAGCGAAAUCAACGUCUCGAAUAUACAACACGGAUCUCUUGAUGAAGUUCUUGACUUGCUCAAGUGGCUAGUUUGCGCCCUACCUAGCAACUUGACUUUUGUUGUCAUAGCCGACGGGGUUGCCCUCUACGAGCGCCCGAAUCUUUGGCGUGACGCAUUUAAAGUAUUCGCAAGACUGCUUUCACUAUGUAACGACUCGACAGUUGCUGUAACUAUGAAGGUCUUGCUUAUAAGCACUCCGGGGACAGACUACAUCAGACAAGCUUUUGAGAGGGAGGAUCUGAUAUUGUCAGUUGAUGGACUUCCACAAAUGGCAUGGUCAACCUCUGAAGAGCGUGUUGCCCGAGCUUUAAAUUCUAGUAUAGUCUAA